CAACCAAAAAAAAUUAUCAUGUGUGGUUUGCAUAUAGCUAUAAACAAGGCCGGUAUAUACUGUAUUCAUACAUUCUAUUACGAAAUAUAUGUUUGAUACACUUGUUAUAUUCAUUUACAUAAAGAAAAGAUAUCAUGAAGGGAGUUAUACUUUUUCUUAUCGUGUCUGGAUUAACAUUAUACACAGAGGCAGACAAAGCGUCUGAACUGAAGAACUUCUGCUAUUUCACCAACUGGUCGAACAAAUUAGCGUCAUUUGACGCCAGAUUUGAAAUCCGGGACAUCAAUGUGACUCUGUGUACACAUCUUAUUUACGCUUUUGCCAACAUCGAUGGAUCCAAUAUGAAACUUAUACCAUCUCAAAAUGACGAUGACAAUGGUCAACUCGUAAAUAAGAAAGGGAGAUAUUUCGAUUUUAAUAAGCUGAAAAUAGAACAUCCGGACUUAGUGACAUUGUUGUCUAUAGGCGGUGCUUCGGCUAAAAAUGGCGGAUUUAUACAAGUCGUUCAAUCACCACAAACGAUGAAGUUGUUUUCGAGGAAUGUCGCGAUAUAUCUGAGGGAUCGCGAUUUCGACGGUAUCGAUGUUGAUUGGGAAUGGCCAGACGAUAUAUAUCGAAACAAAUAUUCAACAUUGCUGAAGAUAAUGAGGGAGGAAUUCGACAAAGAGGCUGUAAGAACCAGUAAACCACGCCUGUUGAUUACCAUUGCCGUUGCCGUCGGGGAAGACACUAUCACCAGCUCAUAUAACAUUACAGAAAUUUCAAGACAUGUUGACUACAUACAGAUUAUGGCAUAUGAUUUUCACGGACCUUGGAGUGACGUCACAAGCUUCUCCUCACCACUCUUUUCUCGUGCAUCUAAUCCAAGAUUUAAUCAGCAGCUUAGUCAAUCGUGGGCUGUUGACAGGUGGAUAUCAGGAGGGGCUCCGCGCCGCAAGCUGAUCCUAGGUUUGACCGGGGCCGCCACGUCAUUUACUCUGGAAAACAGAACCGCGACUGAUGUAGGAUCCCCUGUGAAGGGUGCUGGGAAAGCAGGACCGUACCUUGGUCGUGAAGGACACGUGACUUAUUAUCGGGUAUGUGAGAUGAUAAAGAAUGGUGCUAUACACCGUUGGGACGAUGAACAGAAGAUGGCCUAUGCCUACAUGGAAGACCAGUGGGUGGGGUACGGCAAUCAAAAAAGCAUGAAAGAAAAGGUUAAAUUUGCAUAUAGUCGCAAUAUUGCUGGUGUGAUGUUUUGGUCUAUAGACCAAGAUGACUUCCUUGGUCAUUAUUGCAACGCCGGAGAAUUUCCACUUCUCACCGCUAUCUACAAUUCAAUUAAGGAAAUGGCGCCAAAAGAUAAUCACGUAGUUGUUGACGUCAGCACAAGUACUACACAUUCCACAACGCCGAUAGAUUUUCGUCUUCAUCACAAAACAAAUAAAAAUGGAAUAAACUUUUAUGAAAUGGUCGAUAACGGAUCAGUUAUCUCAGGAAUACGUUAUUAUUUGUUAACAUUGUGCUUCUUUAUUUUCGUUGCCAUGAACAGAUAGAUCUAGAUCUAUUCAACCAUUGAACUGUUGUUGCCAUUCAGCAGAAGCUAUGACUGUCUAAUAUGUGAUCUUUCAGCUCUUGCCAGUGUUUUGUUCCAGUGAAUGUUAUAAGAUAUAAACGUACAUUUUGUAAUUAUUUGUUUGUGUUAAAUGUUUCCUAUGUGUUUCAAGAUUUUGACAAGAUCUGUUCCAUGAUUUAUUAUCAUUAACUUGAUCAGACAUUGCUUAAACAGUAUACAAUUUCUACAUGAUCAGACAUUGCUUAAACAGUAUACAAUUUCUACUUGAUCAGACAUUGCUUAAACAGUAUACAAUUUCUACAAUAUGUAAUCCUCUUAGUCUUACAAUUUGAUGAGAUGUGGAACCAAAAUUUGUAGUCCUGAUUGGCGCCAUAUAACCUAUACUGUGUUGGUGCUCCGUAAAACCCAAAUAAAUAAAUAAAUAAAUACAAUUUGAUAAUUAUUUGCGACUGAAUUUAGAUCUACCUUUUUCGGUGUGAAAAGAGUUUUACUUGUUCCUUGAUGUAGGACAACAUUUAUCCUACCCAUAUUACAGGCCUGGAUCCCUACAAUACCUCAUAAUUUAUACCUAAAAAUGCACCAGAGACUACCAUUUCAUGCCUGUACUAGUUUCAAACUUUUCCAGGGGGAGAGCCCCCUGACCCCCUUAUAUGACGGGAGUAAUCCCACCAAUUAAUGCACCUGAGGAUAUCAUAUCAUACCUGUAUUUCAAACACAAACAAAUCAAGGGAAAAAAAUGAAUCCCCUAACAUUGGCAAAGGUACCCCCUGCAAUAUCUUGCUAUAUGCCUCGGGGGUGACGUCUUCGUUCAAGACUGGUACCCCGUGCAAUAUCUUGCUAUACGCCUCGGCGGUGACGUCUCCGUUCAAGACUGGUGCCCCAUUAAAAAUGUCUGGACCCGGCCCUGCAUAAGGACAACAAGUGAGUCAGAAUCCAAACUUUGUGAUAUAUCUUUCCUCCGAUCUCUAAAAAGAUUGAGAAAACAUGUAGGCCUAUUUCACAACACAAGUACGACCAUUUUCUUUAAGUUCUAUACAUAGAGCAUGACGUCAUUAGUUUCGUCAGUGCCUCAGUAUGAAAGCUCUGUCGUAGUGUACACACUGUUUUUCUUGUGUUUGUUAACGAAAAGACAUAUGGUAUGCCUAGUUAAUAGUUUCUUUACUAUAAUUCUUUUACAGCUUUAAAAAUCAUUUUAAAAAGUCAAUUGUCAAGGACUAAUCCCGUUAUAAAUUAGCUUUAAGCUAAAGCUUGUCUAUAAAUUGUAGUUGUGGAAGACUAAAUGAUACAAAGAAGUUAGAAAUCUAUUGAAUUGUAGAAAUCACAUCUUUUUUUCACGUUAUGUAUAUAAUUGAUUUACGUGGCGAUAUAUUUGAGUGUUAAGAAUUUAUUUUAAGUAUGAAACAAAUGAUGGGUUAUUAAGAUGUAGUACACAGUUAUCUUUGUAUUUGAUAUAUAGAUAUAUAGAGCUACUUAUAUAACAAAUGAAAAAAGUUUUUUUUUUAUUUUUAACAAUUUUUCCUGCUAUGCGUUGUCUAUUCCUUUAAUUAAAUAUUUGAGGUUCUUUUCAAAAAUAUCUUUUAAAAUGAACCCCCCACCCUGUACUACACAAAUUAUUGAAAUUGUAAUGCAAGAUGAUAUGUGCACGGAUGCAUUUACGUUUUAUAUGUGCAUGCAUUUACUAUCAACUACAAAUGUAUAAACCAUUUUGAACAGUUUAUAAUAUCUAAGGUUGACAGGUAGAUGGCACACCAACCCCUACCAUACCGUUAAACAUGAUGAUAAGUUGGGUUAGCCAUUGGGCCCGAAUCAUAAAAAAGGAAGUCGCAGCACUAUGUUAUAAACAAUUUCGCACUCAGCAGAAAUUGCGAGUGUCAAAUACGUGAACAUUCAUCUCAAUCCAGUGUUUUAUUCCAAUAAAUGUUAAUAUAUAUAAUUUAUUUAUUUCUUUAUGUUUAAGUAUUUUCUAAUCGUUUAUGUUUAAUAUUUUGACAACAAAUCUAGAAUUGUCCGUUUUUUUUGUUAUCAGAUACUUGACCACAUCCUGCUUUAACGGUAUGCAGUUUCUAAUGUAUGAUCUACUAAAAAUACAUACACUUCUUAUUUGCAACUGCAUGUAUUUAUGUUCUCUUGUAGAAAUAAAUGAUGUUACUUUU